UCCUCCCGUCAACAAAACUCCAAAACCGACCACCGCUACCACGGUACCUCGGUCAUUGUCCCCAAUUGGCACAACGAGAGGCUCAAGAAACCAAAUAACCAUGUUUCUCAACAGCGGCCUCUCGCGGCGAGCCCUCAAGCCCUACGUCGCCGAGUUUCUCGGAACGGCUCUCCUGAUCGUCAUCGGCGAUGGUGUCGUCGCCCAGUGCCUCCUAUCUGACUACCAAUAUGGCACCUGGCUAUCGAUCAACAUUGCCUGGGCUGCAGCUGUCGCCCUUUCGGGCUACCUUUCUGACCCCAGCCCAUCCAUUAACCCUGCCGCCACCAUCUGCAUGGCCCUCGUCCGCCCUACCCCUGGGCAAUGGCGCAAGCUUCCCGGCAAACUCUUCGCCCAGUUCCUGGGUGGCUUUGUCGGCGCCGCCAUCGUGUACAUCAACUAUCGCUCCGCCAUCAAAGACUGGGACCCUGAGUUCACCAUCCCCGGUGGCUCGAUCCUGAGUCCCCGUGGACACCAUUCUGCCGGCAUCUUCUCGACCUACCCUGCUGCGUUCUUUGAGUCGAACUGGGAGGCCGCAUUUUCGGAACUGCUUGGCUCUGCGGUCCUUAUGUUCGGCUGCUUGAGCAUCUCAGAUCCGGCCAAUGCGACCAGGUUUCAUUCGCCUCAAGUGACGACGUUCUUCCUCCUCCUUGCUAUUGGAGCUGCGUUGGGCUGGCAGACCGGUUAUGCUAUCAAUCCCGCAAGAGAUUUCGGUCCGAGACUGUUCUCCGCGUUCAUCUAUGGCAGAGAGGUGUUCACCGCCGCGAACUAUUACUUCGUCGUGCCGAUUUUCGCUCCGAUUGUUGGUUGCAUAUUGGGGGCUACAGUUUACGAUUCGCUGCUGUAUGAGGGAGAGGGAUCUCGCAUCGCUGAUGCGUUUGACAGUGCCGAGGACCGCGAUGGUGCUCUUCGGUUGCAUUAAGCUUGCUUAAUGACCAAUGAUCGCAGAGCUUUACUGGACGAACAAUCUUUUGGCCAAUAGAGGAUCCGGUUUUAACCGCUUUCCUCGUCAAGACGACUUAUAGAUAUACGUACCAUGACAUACAGGGAUGUACCAUUCGGGCAUACAUAUAUUUUGGCUGCUGAGACGAUUACGAGCAUGAUAGUGGCGAGAGAUGUACAAUGAUAUAGUGUUGAUAGUUGAUAAUGACUUCUAAGUAU